UGGGUGGGUGUGUGAUGGUGAGAUAUUUAUCUUUUUUUUUUGUUUGGCAAGGUUUGAAACAGUUCAUUACAAUUAAUCUCAUCAUGAUUUCGUUAUUCAUAGUUUUUCUGAUUAUCCUGAAGUACCAAACUGCUGAAGGUUUGGAUAACCCUGUUUCUAUAGUAUUCAAGGACAUAGGACAAAAUGUGACCAUCCACAGCCGUGUCAAAGAAAUAGCGAUUUAUGACACAUCCGUCAGCUGGUACCGUCAGAGACCGAGUGGAAAGAUGGAGCAAAUAACUAAUUUAAACUCAUACAAGUUAAAGGACGGUCGUUACAAGGGAGAGCUUCGCGUGAACUCUAAGGAUGCGCAUCUAACCGUCUCCAGUGCAACAAUCGGCGACUCCGGACGCAGCUUCGCCGCGGUGCUUUCUAAAAAAAACUUCAAACUGGGUUCCUCCACAGUUGUAGCCGUAAAAGAUCCCAAGAGCCUCCCUGUAAUGCACGUGUUCCUCAGUCGCACAGGAACCAUUCUAUGUGAAUUGAAAGGUGGGGGUCCACACUGGAGUGAUCCUCAGUGGGAAACAGAUGAUGCCAAAGACAGGCUGACGUUGUCGGAGGCCAAAGCUAAAACUUUUGUAGAUGAGCACGGCGCAUUCAUACAGUCCUCCAUCCUCUCUUUGAAAGACAGGAUCUGUGUGCAAGGAUCAGUGCCAGCUUCAGGCAAGGAUCAGUGCCAGCUGCUGCUGUACCUGUCUCCCCUGGCUGUGGUGCUGCUGCUCGUGACUGUGACAGCCAGUGGGCUGUGGGCCUGGAGACAGAGGAAGCAGAGCCCUAUAGCACAGCGCGAGAAGGCGAGCCUGAACUUGGCGCGCAAGCACGUUCCUUAUCUGUAA